AUUUCCGGCCCCCACCCUCGUGGCUGGCGCAGGUGAUGGUUGUCUCUCGGGUCGGCCGCGGUAUGGGCCCCGGGCCCUUGCCUGCCUUCCAAGCAGCUGUGGAGUGUCAGUGAGCGCAGGUGGAGUUUAGCGCCGGGCAGGGACACUUGGCGGUGCAGGCGUUUUCCUGUGUGAAGGCUAUCUUUGGGAGUGGAGGCCGAUUCCAGCAUAAAGCAAGGAAGAGGCAGACGAUCGUCUGAAUGGACAAGAAGAGUUUGUGUGUCAAAAUCAGAACAAGAUGAAGUCAUACCAACCAGAAAAAAAUUAUUUGUCGUAGCAUGGCCGGCAAAGGACCUGUGUGUGUGUAUUCCUACUGAUGAAUGAAAAAAUACCAACAUUCCCAUAGGAAAAUGGCAAAUCCAGAGCAACUUCAUUGUUGUCAUACACCCAGGUUCAACAACCCUAAGGAUUGGGCGAGCUACAGACACACUUCCUGCUAGCAUUCCUCAUGUAAUUGCACGAAGGCACAAACAACAAGGGCAGCCACUAUACAAGGACAACUGGCUCCUAAGGGAAGGACUAAAUAAACCAGAAAGUAAUGAACAAAGACAAAAUGGCCUUAAAAUGGUGGAUCAAGCAAUAUGGUCUAAAAAGAUGUCAAAUGGUACAAGACGGAUUCCCGUGUCCCCUGAACAGGCACGCUCCUACAACAAGCAGAUGCGACCUGCAAUUUUAGAUCACUGUUCUGGAAAUAAGUGGACAAACACGUCUCAUCACCCUGAGUUUUUGGUGGGAGAAGAGGCUUUGUAUGUUAAUCCAUUGGACUGUUACAAUAUUCACUGGCCUAUCAGAAGAGGUCAGUUAAAUAUUCACCCAGGACCUGGGGGCUCCCUUACGGCUGUUCUGGCAGAUAUUGAAGUAAUAUGGUCUCACGCAAUACAAAAAUACUUGGAAAUUCCACUCAAAGAUUUAAAGUAUUAUAGAUGUAUCUUGCUGAUUCCUGAUAUCUACAAUAAACAGCAUGUGAAAGAACUAGUGAAUAUGAUCUUAAUGAAGAUGGGUUUUUCAGGGAUUGUGGUCCAUCAGGAGUCUGUGUGUGCCACCUUUGGAAGUGGUUUAAGCAGCACUUGUAUCGUAGAUGUUGGAGAUCAGAAGACAAGUGUGUGUUGUGUGGAGGAUGGGGUCUCUCAUCGGAAUACUCGGCUCUGUCUGGCGUAUGGGGGCUCUGACGUGUCAAGGUGUUUCUACUGGCUGAUGCAGCGAGCUGGGUUCCCUUACCGAGAAUGCCAGCUAACAAAUAAAAUGGAUUGUCUUCUUCUACAGCACCUUAAAGAAACUUUUUGUCAUUUAGAUCAGGACAUCUCUGGGCUUCAGGAUCAUGAGUUUCAGAUUCGACAUCCGGAUUCCCCUGCCCUACUUUACCAGUUUCGAUUAGGAGAUGAAAAACUCCAGGCUCCAAUGGCUUUGUUUUACCCAGCAACUUUUGGAAUUGUUGGACAGAAGAUGACAACCUUGCAGCACAGAUCCCAGGGUGACCCUGAGGAUCCUCAUGAUGAGCAUUAUCUGCUGGCCACGCAAAGCAAGCAAGAACAGUCUGCAAAAGCUACUGCUGACCGAAAGUCUGCAUCCAAACCCAUUGGAUUUGAAGGGGAUCUUCGUGGCCAGUCCUCUGAUCUUCCAGAAAGACUCCAUGCCCAGGAGGUGGAUUUGGGAUCCUCCCAGGGAGACUGUUUGAUGGCUGGCAAUGAAUCUGAAGAGGCUCUCACAGCACUGAUGUCCAGGAAGACUGCCAUCUCGCUGUUUGAAGGGAAGGCCCUGGGCCUGGAUAAAGCCAUUCUUCACAGCAUAGACUGCUGUUCAUCUGAUGAUACCAAAAAGAAGAUGUACAGUUCCAUCCUGGUGGUAGGAGGUGGUUUGAUGUUUCAUAAAGCUCAAGAAUUUCUGCAGCACAGAAUUCUCAACAAAAUGCCACCUUCAUUCAGGCGAAUUAUUGAGAAUGUGGACGUGAUCACAAGGCCCAAGGACAUGGAUCCCCGGCUGAUUGCAUGGAAAGGAGGGGCCGUGCUGGCUUGUUUGGACACGACACAGGAGCUGUGGAUCUAUCAAAGAGAAUGGCAGCGCUUUGGUGUCCGCAUGUUACGAGAGAGAGCUGCUUUUGUGUGGUGAAAGUGGGCAGGAAGUCAGUGUUGAAGACCAAAAAUAAGCAUCCUGGUAUAAAGACUCUUAAAGAAUAUAUGUAUUUUAAUUUAUUGACUCAGAUGCUUAAGUUUCAUGGAAAAUAAAUGAAUUUUAACUUUUAUGUUGA